AUGCUUCGGGUACCGAUCCGGGAACACCCCAGCAACAACAUGGCGUCGACAAAAGCUGUUAUUUUGGUCGGUGGCCCUUCUCGAGGCACUCGCUUCAGACCGCUGUCACUGGAUGUUCCCAAGCCACUCUUCGAUGUCGCCGGCCAUCCGAUUAUCUAUCAUUCGCUGAAAGCAGUGGCCAAAGUCCCCGGGCUUCGCGAGGUCAUUCUGGUCGGAUACUAUGACGAGACGGUGUUCCGGGACUUCAUCAAGGACGCCAGCAAGGAAUUCCCCCACCUACGAAUUCAAUACCUGCGAGAAUACCAAGCGUUGGGCACUGCAGGAGGUCUCUACCAUUUCCGCGAUGCGAUUCUGAAGAACAAACCCGAGCGCUUCUUCGUGCUCAACUCCGACGUCUGCUGCUCGUUCCCUCUUGGCGAGAUGCUCAAUCUCUUCGAAGAGAAAGACGCCGAGGCCGUUAUUCUGGGAACCCGCGUCAGCAAUGAGGCCGCAACCAAUUUCGGUUGCAUCGUCUCUGACGCUCACACGAAGCGUGUUCUGCACUACGUCGAAAAGCCCGAAUCUCACAUCUCGAACCUGAUCAACUGCGGCGUCUACCUGUUUGCAACCGAGACUAUCUUCCCUUCAAUCCGCAGCGUUAUCAAGCGCCGAACCACCCGUCCUCGAUUAGUCUCCUACCCGUCGUCUGAAAACCUCGAGCCGUCGUUCUUUGCCGAAGACGAGGAUGCCGAGAAACCAGAGGUUUUGCGGUUGGAACAAGACAUCCUCUCUGAUCUCGCCGAUAGCAACCGCUUCUUCGUGCAUGAGACGAAAGACUUUUGGCGCCAGAUCAAGACAGCAGGCUCUGCUGUUCCCGCGAAUGCCUUGUAUUUGCAGCAAGCUUUCCAGGCACAGUCUGAUGAACUCACGCCUCCCUCUGCGGUCAUUGUUCCCCCAGUCUACAUCCACCCAACAGCCCAAGUUGAUCCUUCCGCGAAGCUAGGCCCUAAUGUGUCCAUUGGUCCUCGUGCGGUGGUCGGUGCGGGAGCUCGAUUGAAGGAGUCGAUUAUUCUCGAGGACGUGGAAAUCAAGCACGAUGCGUGCGUGCUGUAUUCGAUUAUUGGCUGGGGCAGUCGUGUCGGCGCCUGGGCUCGUGUUGAGGGCACCCCGACACCCGUGGGUAGCCACUCGACGAGCAUCAUCAAGAACGGUGUUAAGGUGCAGAGCAUCACGAUAUUAGGUAAAGAGUGUGGAGUUGGCGAUGAAGUGCGCGUACAAAACUGCAUCUGUCUUCCAUUCAAGGAGUUGAAACGGGACGUGACCAACGAAGUCAUCAUGUAG